AUGUUAAGUUUUUGGGGAAUUACAAAGCCAUUAAUAGCUAGCUGGAGUUGGAGGAACUUGAUCAAGUUGAGGCAAGACAUUAAAGGUUGGUUUGAGCACAAGUUGGGGAAGGGGGAAUUGUCUUUCUGGCAUGAUCCAUGGCUAAAAGGCAAAGUCAUUACUGAGCUGUUUCCUAACACUGUUAUUGAUGAGUUUGACAUUCCAAAACAUGCUAAAAAUAGUUUUCCUAUUUCAAUCAAUUUGGAUACUGAGGAUAGGUACAUUCCUAAGCAUAGUUUCAUAGCAUGGCUUGCCAUUAAAGGAAAGCUGAGAACUAGAGACAAGUUGAAAUCAUGGGGCUGUGUUGAUGAUGAUGGCUGUGUGUUAUGUAAUAUUGGAACAGAAUCUUUAGAACACUUAUUUUUUAAUUGCAGGGUGUCUUCUGUUGUGCUGAGAAAUAUCUUGUGUCAACAGAAUCUAUCAAAUAUGGAGAGGAAGAAACAAACCCAUUUUUCGAAGGUGUAUGACAUUUUGAAAUCUAUUCGACAAAAUAUACUUCUGAAGCUAUUUUCCAAAAAGAAUAGCUCUGAGAUGUUUAUACAAUUAUAUCAUAGAUGGCAUAGUAUAAAUUAG